GCCUGUGUAUUAUCUUUCACCCAUUUGCCGCAAUUUUAAUAGAUUGCAAUUGAAUUGAACAUUUGCAGUUUUUAUUGAGAUUCAGAUGUCUUGCACACAUCUGUGGUGUGUGGGCGCCCUCCUGCUUGCCACUGCGGUGGCCCAGACAACCCCCAAGGACGAGCACUUCCAUGAGGAGCUCGUUGUCCGUCCGCUAUCCGGCGACCAUGUAAACACAUAUUUUCAGUUUACCACACGCUGGCACUAUGGCCAGAAGGAGAACCUCUACCACACACAGCUGACGCCCCGCGUCAUUGCCGAGCUGCUGCAGCAGUUCGAUGUCAAGGAGCUGCACAUCGGCCUCACGCAGGGCCUGUGGCGCUACGAGACCUGGGGCUAUCCCAUCGUUGAGGCCACCAGCGGUGCCGAGAUGUGGGCCUGGUUCAAGGCUACAAAUCUCACCGACCAGCAGGUGGACAAGCAGUGGGCCCAGCUGGCGAACGUCUUCUCGGGCGUCCUCUGCGCCUCACUAAACUUUGUGGACAACACCAACAGCAUAGCGCCCAAGCAUCUGCUGCGGCCCCAGUUCAUGCCUGCCAAUCGGGAGAGUUUCAUGCGCUACGCCUCGCUGCCGCGCGAGAUUGUCUGCACGGAGAAUCUGACGCCCUGGAAGAAGCUGCUGCCAUGCGGCAGUGCCUCGGGAUUCGCCUCGCUGCUCAACUCCGGCUAUGUGCACAACACCAAGUACCAUUCGCUGGGCCUGAAGGUGCGCACCCUGUGCCAGGAUCACGACGAGGACAACUGCAUACUGGAGAUGACACAGACGGCGAACCUCGUCUACGAUCUGCGCCUGCUCGAGCAGAGCGGCAAUGACUUUUCGCUGCGCCGCCUCUUUGGCAUGGGCCUCAACGGCUACUGCGAGCUGGCGAGCACCAGCAAGAUCUAUGUGCAGCGCAACGAGCUGGGCGCCCGCUACCAGCUGGUGCCGCCGCCGCCCGCGGAAGAGACGACCACACGGGGCGGCUACACGGUGGUCUAUGGGGUGUACGACAUGCAGGAGCAGUUCCAGGACCAGGGCGAGCGGCUCUUCAACAUCGCCUGGCUGGCGCCCAAGGGCGAGCUGCGACGCCAACGCCAGAAGCCCGCACCGCCGCCAAUCUACGCCCAUCGCUAUCUGCUGGGUCAGGGACAGGAGCACGGACGCAUCGUCACGGAGGUGACCAACUCGCACUACGCACCGCUGCCCAUUCUCGUGCAGGAGCUCAUUCCAUGGUAUGUGCACGCGUAUCUGCAUACGCUCAACAUCCGUCGGCGACCGUUGGGCCGGAACGAGUACGGCAGCGAGAGGCUGCCCUUCAAGCUGCUCCACUAUGCACCCGGCAAGCAGCGCGAGCUGCCCACCCACCUGGAGAUUGGGUUCCUGCUGCCCGGCCAGAGCUCGGCGCUCAUCACCAUCGAUGUGGACUAUCUGGUGCUCAAGUGGCUCGAGUAUCCGCCCGAUGCCAAUCACGGCCACUACAUCAAUGCGGCCCUCGUCGCCAGCGCCCUGCCAAUGGGCACCAACUACUCGGCCCUGCCGCUGGAGGGCCAUCUCUUUGCCCACUCGUUCAACGCCACCCGUCCGUCGUAUGUGCUCGGCCUGCACACCGAAGCCCUGAUCGUCUCGCUGCCCACGCCCGACUUCAGCAUGCCCUACAACGUCAUCUGUCUGGCCUGCACGGUGGUGGCCCUGGCCUUUGGCCCCAUCCACAGUGUGGCCACCAAGCUGAUUGUGGUGGUGCGCCAGACAUCGGCACCCCGCAACUUCCUCAAGAAGCUCAAGGAGAAAUUGUUCAGUCGUGGCAGCCCGUUGCUCCCAACGGCGGGGGAAGCGGAUGUCCCUGAAGGAGCAGGAUGCCUGCCGCCUGAGGAGCAGGAUGAGAAUGAAAAUGACAACGACGAGGAGGAGGAGAAGGAGAGGGAGAAGGAGGAUAAAGAGGACAAGGAAUACGCGCACUGAACUCUGGGGUCGUGAUAAGCUCCACCAAAAC